AUGAACCCAGCUCCCAGCGCCUCUACUGAAAGGUACGUGCAGAGGGACCGCCAGGACCAAGAGAAGGAGCGCCAAGAUCGAGAAAGGGACCGCCAGGACCGAGAGAAGGAGCGCCAAGAUCGAGAAAGGGACCGCCAGGACCGAGAGAAGGAGCGCCAAGAUCGAGAAAGGGACCGCCAGGACCGAGAGAAGGAGCGCCAAGAUCGAGAAAGGGACCGCCAGGACCGAGAGAAGGAGCGCCAAGAUCGAGAAAGGGACCGCCAGGACCGAGAGAAGGAGCGCCAAGAUCGAGAAAGGGACCGCCAGGACCGAGAGAAGGAGCGCCAAGAUCGAGAAAGGGACCGCCAGGACCGAGAGAAGGAGCGCCAAGAUCGAGAAAGGGACCGCCAGGACCGAGAGAAGGAGCGCCAAGAUCGAGAAAGGGACCGCCAGGACCGAGAGAAGGAGCGCCAAGAUCGAGAAAGGGACCGCCAGGACCGAGAGAAGGAGCGCCAAGAUCGAGAAAGGGACCGCCAGGACCGAGAGAAGGAGCGCCAAGAUCGAGAAAGGGACCGCCAGGACCGAGAGAAGGAGCGCCAAGAUCGAGAAAGGGACCGCCAGGACCGAGAGAAGGAGCGCCAAGAUCGAGAAAGGGACCGCCAGGACCGAGAGAAGGAGCGCCAAGAUCGAGAAGAGCGGAGAACCAGCGGGGCACCGGCUGCGCCAAGUGCGGAUGGGCCCCAGGGUCCCGGGGGUGCCAGAUGCUUGGAGAGGCUCAUGGUGGCCCAAUUGAAGGACGUGGGCGACAGACGGGAGCGGAAAUUACACAAUCCAGAGAGAUUUUCUUAA